AUGGAGCAUGCACUGCUGCAGGUGGUGCAUCUUUAUCCACCAAGGACACUGCUCCGCUACGAUGCCGGCGCGCAUAAGGAAAAGCUGAGGCACCAGCCGCACCUGUACGCUGCGAGCUCCUUUGAAGACUGUGAGACCGUCGCCACGGAUGAGCAGGUGGGGGCGUAUACCGAUCUGCUCGACUUCAUCACCGGCGCGCAGCAGGAGUGCUAUGCGCUCUUCCGUGAAGAUGAUGCGCGGUGGUCCGUCGACGACGGCGUCGAAGAGGAGUGCUCCGCGGGCACGCUGGAUAGUGGCAGUGUCCGCAUCAACUCCAGCGAGUGGAGCGAGGGGGACGGCGACGAUGCUCAUGGAAACGGGGGUGCGCCACGAAAGCGUAGACGAUCGCACGCGUAG